CCCCGCCCUCCGCAGGUCGGAAGUGCGUUCCCCAGGGGCGUGCGCCCGUCGGGUCAACGUAUUGCCUCACUUCCGCUUCCGAUUGCGCCUUGGCUUCGUUGCCCCGUUUCUCCGAGAGAAGGAGGCCUAGGGGGCCCGCCACCCGCCCUUCAGGAUGUCGUACAUGUUGCCGCACUUGCACAACGGCUGGCAGGUGGACCAGGCCAUCCUCUCGGAAGAGGACCGAGUCGUGGUCAUCCGCUUUGGGCACGACUGGGACCCCACCUGCAUGAAAAUGGAUGAAGUCUUAUACAGCAUUGCUGAGAAGGUAAAAAACUUUGCUGUCGUUUAUCUUGUGGAUAUCACAGAAGUACCAGACUUCAACAAGAUGUACGAGUUGUACGAUCCCUGUACUGUCAUGUUUUUCUUCAGGAACAAACACAUCAUGAUUGACUUAGGUACAGGUAAUAACAACAAGAUCAACUGGGCAAUGGAAGAUAAGCAAGAGAUGAUUGACAUUACAGAAACUGUUUAUAGAGGAGCCCGCAAAGGUCGAGGUUUGGUGGUAUCACCAAAAGAUUAUUCCACUAAAUACAGAUACUGACAUUUCUUUGGGGCUGCCUUUUUUUUAACCCUACAUCCACUUAAAUUUAUUCUUGUGUAUGUGUGUACAUAUAUAUAUAUUAAAAGAAAAAAAACAACCCAAAUCCUUCAACUUUGAGCAUAUUUUGAAUUAUUUCAAAGGUUAGAAUUCCAUUUGGAAAAGUAAAAGACAUGAAGCCUGGAACUCUCUGACUGCAGUAAUACUGUAGAUGAAUUUUGGAAGGUAUUUUUAUUUUUUAAAGACUUUACUCUGUGUUGUCCUUUUGGUAUGAUGUAUUUUUGUACACAAAAAGCCUGUUUGCAGAAAAACAUUUCAACUGGUUUUGUUUGCUUUUGUUACAGAAAUACGUGGGAAAACUAUACUAUAGCUUUUUUUUUUUUCUUAGAGAAUAAAAGAGUUUCACUUAUUUACCUUAA